CAAGAUAUAAGUAAGAAUCCAACGGUUGAUAAUAAACUUUAAAAAAAGAAAGAAAAAAAAGAAAGGUGUGUACUCUAUAUAUAUAUACAUAGACAUCCCCAUUCCUCUAUCCAGAAAAGACCAUUCUACUUCUGUAUUAAGUGAGAGUGUGAGAGAGCCUCUUAAAGAUCUUAGUAAUAAAUAGUAACAGCAAUCAAUAAUUCACUUUGUUCUUAAGGUCAUCCAUCACCUGACUAGAAUAAUCGACCGGAAAGAAGUGAUACGUGGCAAGAUCUGAUUGGUUCACCGGAGAUAAAAUGGGGAGGACGACGUGGUUCGACGUAGACGGGCUGAAGAAAGGAGAGUGGACGGCCGAGGAAGAUCGGAUGCUCGUCGCGUACAUCAACGAAUACGGUCUCGGCGACUGGCGUUCCCUGCCUUCGAGAGCCGGUCUGCAAAGAUGUGGAAAGAGUUGUAGAUUAAGGUGGCUGAAUUAUUUGAGACCUGGAAUUAAAAGAGGCAAAUUCACUCCUGAGGAGGAAGAAGACAUCAUCAAAUUUCAUUCUCUUCUUGGAAACAGGUGGGCAGCAAUAGCAAAGCAAAUGCCGAACCGAACAGACAACGACAUAAAGAACCAUUGGAACUCAUGUCUUAAGAAAAGACUCUCUAGAAGCGGAAUCGAUCCGAUGACCCACGAGCCUAUCGUCACAGUCGAAGCCACUCUCUCCUCAACGACGUCCUCUCCAACACCACCGACGCCUUCUUCUUCUUCUUCGUCUUCUUCCUCCUUUUCCUCUACAGGCUCCGCUCGUCUACUUAACAAGCUCGCUGCUCGAAUCUCCUCGAGAAAACAUGGACUCGACAAGAUCAAGACUGUGAUACUGUCGGAACCAAGACAAGCCGUUGAAGAGAAGAUGAUGAUCAGCAAGGAAGCGGAGGAGGAGGAGGAAGUGAUUGGUUGUUUCAUGGAGAUUGAUGAGAAGCUGCUCAGUGCGACGUCGUUCGAUGAGUUACUUUGUGACUCUACCACUACUACUUCGACAGGCUUCGUGGCUGCUUUUGAUGACUACUCAUCAGUUGAGCCAUACGAUCUGUACCAAUCUGAUUUCUAUCAUGAGACUGAACAACUUGACCUAUUUCUCCUUUGAAUCAACUCCUCUUGGACAAGAUUCCUCUUGAAUAUCUUUUUGUAUGCAUUCGUUUAGUGUGACGAAAGAGAAUGAGAGAUUUCUGAAAAUAAGCCGAGUGCUUAUAGUACUAUAAAUGACAUGCAUGGUCAAUGUUUCUGAGUUUUUGGCUGUUACUUUUUUAUAUUCGAUUCUCUCUCUCUCUCUC